CUUAAAGAUGACAUGGCCCAGAUGUUUGGCGCCUUGUCGCUUAAGAAAGGCCAGAUAUUUGGCUCUUUGUGACAACCAGAAGGAAGGCCGGUUUUAGGUUUUGAACCAGGAAGCGUCUCCUGAUGGGGAGGAUGGGAGCCUUCACGGGCUCCCGCGUCUCGCACGCAGGUUCAAAGGCAGCAGGAAAGACGAAAUCUUGGGGAUCGCCAACAACCGCUUGAUCCGGAUCGACAUGGCCGUCGGGGAUGUGGUGAAGACGUGGCGGUACAGCAACAUGCGUCAGUGGAACGUCAACUGGGACAUUCGCCAGGUGGCCAUUGAAUUCGAUGAGCACAUCAACGUGGCUUUCAGCUGCAUCUCGGCCGGCUGCAAGACGGUCCACGAAUACAUCGGGGGUUAUAUCUUCCUGUCCACCCGGACAGCUGACCGGAGCCAGACGCUGGACGAAGAGCUCUUCCACAAGUUGACGGGGGGCCACGAAGCCCUCUGAUGUCUCUCCGACCACGGCCUUCCCUUCUCCAAGGAGCAGCUGAUCUCCACAACGGGCUGUCUAUGUUCUACAGGAGACGUGGGAGGCCCUUAAUGGAGUCCAGGCAUCCAUAAAGACUUGGAGAAGAAUUAUGAGAAGGAGGGAGGGAGGAGAGAAUACAGUACGGUAACAGAGUGGGAAGGGACAUUUGAGGUCUUCUAGUCCAACCCCCUGCUCAAGCAGAAGACCAUAAGGACGAAUUAAGUGUGGUUGUGUUGGUUUUUGUUUUUGUUUUUUGUUUUUUUAGUGUUUCACAGCAGGCUAUUUGAGAGUUCACAACCAGGACUACACAGCAGAGUUAAGAUAAUUUUACUAUUUUAAAUAUCUUGCCAAGAAGGAUAAUAUUUACUCCUUCCUCCUCCGAGUAACUCAGGGAUUUACCCAAUGCAAGUUGGGGAGACCGGUACUUCUUUUGUUAUUUUUGUACGGGAGCCAAAAAUGCCAAAAAGGGAGUGUG